AUGCCUCCCUGCCACCGCCCCAGCCUCACCCCAUCCCACGACCCCCGCAACCCUUCACAUCACCCCCCUCGAAGGUCGGACAGGACGGGUGGAGCCGCGGGCGGGACCCUCAGGCCCGGGCCCGCCGCCCCCAGCCCCGCCUGCCGCCCCUCCCCGCCUGCCUGGACUGCGCGGCGCCGUGAGGGGGAUUCGGCCCAGCUCGUCCCGGCCUCCACCGAGCCAGCCCCGAAGCCCGCCAGCCACCCCGCCGGACUCGGGCGCGACCUGCUGGCGCGCGCCGGAUGUUUCUGUGACAAUCAGCGCGGACCGCAGCGCGGCCCAGCCCCGGGCACCCGCCUCGGACGCUCGGGCGCCAGGAGGCUUCGCUGGAGGGGCUGGGCCAAGGAGAUUAAGAAGAAAACGACUUUCUGCAGAAGGAGGAAGAGCCCGCUGCCGAAUCCCUGGGAAAAAUUCUUUUCCCCCAGUGCCAGCCGGACUGCCCUCGCCUUCCGGCCCCAUCGGACGCUCUCCCGGGACCGCCGCAGGACCAGUUUCCAUAGACUGCGGACUGGGGUCUUCCUCCAGCAGUUACUUGAUGCCCCCUCCCCCGACACAGACUCUCAAUCUGCCGGUGGUAAGAACCGGUUCUGA